GUAAAUGGGGGAGGGCUGUGCGGGGUAGGGUCCACCGCUGCCUCCUUUUUCCUCAGUUUUUUAUCACAAAUUUCACCUUUUCUCCGGGAUUUUGUCUUCCGAAAACACUCCCAGGGGUCCAACAUUGAGAAGCCCUAGUUGAGAGUUGGAGUAGACAGUGGUAGCACACACAAGUCUUCAGGAUGGCAUUGCCUGGUAUGCCUCCACUACGGCCACCUGGGGACCCAAUUGGCCCCCCACCCAUCGGUCCCCCCCUGGGCAUGCCCCCGCCGGUGGCGUUGGACAGGUUCUGUUGCCCCCGACGACCAGACAUCGGGACGGUGGGACGGAGAAUCAACCUGAGGGCCAACCACUUCAAAGUGUCCAUGCCGAAGGGAGACCUGCACCACUACGACAUCAGUAUUAUACCGGAUAAAUGUCCACGCAGAGUCAACAGAGAGAUCAUAGAGAAAAUGGCCCAAGCGUAUGCCAACCGCAUCUUUGGGGACCUCCGUCCUGUGUUUGAUGGACGUAAGAACCUGUACACCAGGGACCCGCUGCCUGUGGGAACAGAAAAGGUGGAGCUAGAUGUGACGUUACCAGGAGAUGGAGGGAAGGACCGACACUUCAAAGUGUCAAUGAAGUGGGUGGGGAAGGUUAGCCUGUACGCGCUGGAGCAGGCUUUGGAGGGAAGACUCGCCACCGUGCCGUUCGAGGCCAUCCAGGCACUGGACGUGGUCAUGAGACAUCUGCCUUCCAUGACGUACACCCCUGUGGGGAGAUCUUUCUUCUCGUCCCCCGAGGGGUACAGUCACCCCCUGGGUGGGGGGCGUGAGGUGUGGUUCGGCUUCCACCAGAGCGUCAGACCCUCCCAGUGGAAAAUGAUGCUCAACAUUGAUGUUUCUGCGACUGCGUUCUACAAGGCCCAGCCUGUGAUAGAGUUCAUGUGUGAGGUUCUGGACGUGAGAGACAUCCACGACCAGCGACGACCUCUCACCGACUCACAAAGGGUCAAGUUCACCAAGGAGAUCAAAGGGCUGAAAGUUGAGAUCACCCACUGUGGACAGAUGAAGAGAAAGUACCGCGUCUGUAACGUCACUCGCAGACCAGCGCAGACACAAACGUUCCCUCUACAGUUGGAGGAUGGGAGAACUGUGGAGUGCACCGUCGCUAAAUACUUCCUGGAGAGGCACAAGAGGAGACUGGAAUUUCCUCACCUGCCGUGCCUACAGGUGGGACAGGAACAAAAACACACCUACCUACCACUUGAGGUGUGCAACAUCGUGGCGGGCCAGCGUUGCAUCAAGAAGCUGACGGACAUGCAGACGUCCACCAUGAUCAAGGCCACUGCAAGGUCAGCUCCGGACAGGGAACGAGAGAUUAUCAGACUGAUGCAGCGCGCUAACUUCAACGCGGACCCCUACGUCCGAGACUUCGGGAUCAGCAUCUCUAAUGACAUGGCGGAGGUGGAAGGGCGCGUGCUCGACCCUCCCAUGCUCCAGUAUGGAGGACGGGUAAACAAUACCCGAGCCACCGUGGUGCCAAACCAGGGUGUGUGGGACAUGCGUGGGAAACAGUUCCACACGGGCAUAGAGAUCCGCGUCUGGGCCAUGGCCUGCUUCGCACUGCAGAGGCAAUGUAGCGAGCAGGCUCUACGAAACUUCACCCAGCAGCUGCAGAGGAUCUCGAACGACGCAGGCAUGCCGAUCGUGGGCCAGCCGUGCUUCUGUAAGUACGCGACCGGCGCGGACCAGGUGGAGAAAAUGUUCCAGUACCUGAAGAACACCUUCCAGGGUCUGCAGCUCAUCCUGGUCGUCCUGCCCGGCAAGACACCUGUCUAUGCGGAGGUAAAGCGUGUGGGAGACACCAUGUUGGGGGUGGCUACGCAGUGUGUGCAGGUGAAGAACGUGAUCAAGACCUCGCCCCAAACCCUGUCCAACCUGUGCCUCAAGAUCAACGUCAAACUGGGCGGAGUCAACAACAUCCUCGUCCCGCACAUACGUCCUGGAGUGUUCCGAGAGCCAGUCAUCUUCCUGGGCGCCGACGUCACGCACCCCCCAGUAGGCGAUGAAAAGAAGCCUUCCAUAGCUGCGGUUGUUGGUAGCAUGGAUGCUCACCCGAGUCGCUACGCCGCGACGGUACGCGUACAGACGCACCGACAGGAGAUAAUCGCAGACCUGGCGUCCAUGGUGAGGGAACUGCUCAUCCAGUUCUACAAGUCAACCCGCUUCAAACCAACCAGGAUCAUCAUGUACCGGGACGGGGUCAGCGAGGGGCAGUUUCAACAGGUGUUGUGGCAUGAGCUGCGUGCGAUCCGUGAGGCGUGUGUGAAGCUGGAGGUCGGCUAUGAGCCAGGCGUGACCUUCAUCGUGGUGCAGAAGCGACACCACACCAGGCUCUUCUGCUCCGACAGGAAGGAACAGAUUGGGAAGAGCGGUAACAUCCCAGCAGGCACGACAGUUGAUGUUGGCAUCACCCACCCUACAGAGUUUGACUUCUACCUGUGCAGCCAUGCUGGCAUCCAGGGUACGAGCCGCCCGUCCCACUACCACGUUCUGUGGGACGACAACAACUUCAUGGCAGACGACCUGCAGAUGCUGACGUACCAGCUGUGCCACACCUACGUCCGCUGUACCCGGAGCGUUUCCAUCCCCGCCCCCGCCUACUACGCACAUCUCGUCGCCUUCCGAGCACGCUACCAUCUCGUGGAGAAGGACCACGACAGCGGAGAGGGCUCGUUCCGAUCAGGAGACAGCAGUGAGCGGACACACAUGGACAUGGCUCGCGCCGUGCAGGUCCACCCUGACACGCUCCGGGUCAUGUACUUCGCAUGACGGGCCACAACUCACAGCAAACAUGGUUCCACUCAACUUAGAGCCAGGGAAGAGAGGAGAGAAAAGGGGCCGACGUAUUUGUCUUGUGUAUGGAUUGGUUAAUAUGUCUGAGAAUAGGCUGACUACCUACAGAAUUGGAAUAAGUUUUGGCCAGAAAAAUGGUACAUGUAUCGUUAUUUCAAAAUCAGUGAUUUUUGACCCAGAAAUAUACAAAUUAGGAGGGAGGAACACCCUCAGAAAUAAAAGUUAUCCCUAACGGUUACAUAAUUUAUUGGUUUGUGAAACUUGAAAUUUCAAUUCAGCAGCUAAUAUGAAGAAAAAAAUCACAACACUCUUUGCAGUGGAAAGCCCUUAUGUCAGUAACUGCUCCAAACAGUCACUAUCUACAAUGUACCGGUCUACAUGGAAGAAUAGUCUAUGCAAAAACACAGCUCGAACCCCAAACGUUAUCCUCCAAAACCAACAGAACUGGACCAAAGUACACAAAACAGUAAAAGUCUUAAGUACAUGUAGGGCUUCACAAAGCAAUGCUAGUAACAUUAUUAAUAGAAGCUAAAUUUGGCUAUGUUGUAUUAGGCAUGAUAACAUCCAAGCAAUACGUAUUAAAAGAUAGCUGCAAAACGUGAUGAAACGAGUGAAAACUGAAACGAAAAGUGCCCCAAUGCUUUUAGAGAGUCAGCAUGCUGCGAUAUUUCAGCUAACUCACGAUUGGUUAAAGAAAAAGGAAGAUUCAGUGCGGCGAAAUGUGCAAUAAUCGAAUCGUCAGUCGUCCAGUCUUUGCCCGGUCCAGUCCAACCUUACAAAUACUGAAGCGUCCUUUCAAAGAAGUGCAUAUCUUACUGAAGAAAACUGUCAAACAUGACCAUGAAAAAUACUACUAUUAAGAAACUAGAACCAGCUUUUGUAAAUGCAAUAAGGACAGUU